AUGGACCAGCUUCGGAGCCGUGCAGUGAGGACAGCUGCUAGGGAGCUGGAAAAAGAGAACUGGGGUUGGGAUCCAGAAGAGCAAGAAAGACAACAAUGCAGUGAAAUGGUAUCAGAAGGGCCGAGUCCAAUGCAGAAUGACACACCUGUUAUUGAGGGUCCACUGCUGCAGAGUCCGUCUCACUCUUCAUCUCCAGCUGAGGGAUAUGUCCAGUUGGAGGCCCCGGAUAGCAUUAGUAAUCCAUCUGAUAUAGUUGAAGAAGUGUUGAGAAUGUGGUCGACAGGCCUUAAGGAGCUCAUCCUAACAGGCUGCUCUUGGUGCUCCGUGUUGGCCCUCGGCACAGCCAACUUCCCCUCCCUANCUAAUGUGGCUCCUGAACAGGUUGCAAGGUGCUGUGACAAGAGGCUUUGGACGUACAUUGAUUUGAGCCAUCGGAAAUCUAUCACUCCCUCCAUGCUGAGUGGAAUCAUCCGACGACAGCCAGCCAGUCUUGAUCUGAGCUGGACCAACAUCUCCAAGAAGCAGCUAAUGUGGCUCCUGAACAGGUUGCAAGGCCUUAAGGAGCUCAUCCUAACAGGCUGCUCUUGGUGCUCCGUGUCGGCCCUCGGCACCGCCAACUUCCCCUCCCUACAGCUCCUAGAUUUGCGUUGGAUUGAGGAUGUCAAGGAUUCUCCCCUCCGCGAGCUGCUCUUGCCUGCCACAGAUGCCAAGCCUG